AAUGUCACCAGAUUUGAUGUUUAUAACUCCGUUCAGCUGAAACUGAAACAGAUGUUUAAAAAUGUGUUUAAUAAUGUUGAAAUAGAUAGGAAAAAAAAAAGGAAACUGAUGUAGCAACUUUAAGUGGUAAGAAAUAAAUAGACUUACGGCAUUAAAAAUCUAAAGAAAUAACCGAAACAAUUAACCGAUGCCAUGUGAAUUUUUAAUUAAUCUUAUAGUUACUAAUGAGUAUUGUUAAAAAAAAAAUUAUGACGCUACUGGUUUAGUUUUUGUCCCUUUCUUUCCUUGAAUCGUUUUUUUUUAAAGCAGUGCAGUUGUAAUAUUUACAACAAAAAAAAAGACUUACUGGUCUAGUGAAAUUGUGUUCCUAGACUUAAAUCACCUUAAAUUUCUUUCUUUUUUUUUUUUUUGUCUGUCUGUAUGUUAAAUUGCAAAUAUUUAAUAUUUAUUUUAAAUUUGUUAGCUACUUCAUGUGAAGCAAAUCAUUAUUUGUUGGGUCUGUUUCUAAUUCUUUCUGUUUCGUGCGCCAAGGGAGGCGAUCAGGCCGAAACGUUGGUGUUCGGUCAUUAGUCUGUUUUUUUGUUCAAACGUUCACAUUAUUUUGUUCAGAAAAAAUCACUUUAGGCGAAUGUUAAUCAUCAUGUUGAGUUUGAUUGAAUUUUUAAUUUCUUUUAAAUUUCUUUAUUUGUUCAAUAGAAUAAAAUGGCGUUGAUUGCUUUCUUGGCUUGUGUUCUUUUACUCGGUAAGUAGACAAACAAAUGUUACAGGAUUUUUAUAUAAAUUUUAUACUUAUGAGUUCCUCAAAGUUUCUUGUAUAAUUUAUUAAUCAUUUAUUGUCUUUGGCGUUGACAUAUAUAACAGUUGAAAUAUAAUACUAAGAAUUUAUUUUAAUUAUGGAUUUUCAAGAUGAAAUCAUUGAAUUAAAAGACAGAUUUCUAUUGUUCGAUGGCCCGUGCCUAAGUCCACAUUGUAAUAUUGAAUUGAAUAUAUUGAAAUAUUGUCCACACAUUUUAUCGGAUGUAUUGCACGCACAUAGAAAAAAAUAAAAGUUUAUUUUAAUACCACAUGACAAUUAAUGUUUCGAAUUUCUUCUAAUUUCAGCUGUCCCAUCCUUCCAGCAGCCACAGGGGGUAAAAUGAUCUAUUUAUGACCUUGUGUCAAAUUAAGUUUGUAUGUAGGUUUUCAUGUGAAUAUAGUAAGGUAAUUUAUAAAAAUGUAAUUACUACAAAAAAAAAGACAACUAAAAUAUCUAUAUACUUUUUCAACAAUAUCCUAACACACAAACACACAAAAUAAAUGAAUUACGUCUAAAUUCUAAUUUGGUCUAUCCAUGCCAGGAAUGUUUUUGUUUUUUUGGAAUGUCCUAUACUGAAAGAAUUUAGAAGGAAAAAAUGAAAAGCCAACCACUUUCAUUAAUAAAUACAUUUGCUUAGGUAGUCAACUAUCAGAUAAUUGAUGUGCCAUGUUUCGUUUUCCAUUGAUACAGGGCUAUGGUGGCAACGGUCCAAUUGGAGGAGGAAGAGGUAAGACCAAAGUUCAUGUUCUUGUUGGCCUUUUAAACAUUUCUCGCGUUUUAAAAAAAAAAUUGAACAUUCGCUUCUGGUCCUGGUUCUGGUCCUGGUUCUGGUCCUGGUUCUGGUCCUGGUUCUGGUCCUGGUUCUGGUCCUGGUUCUGGUCCUGGUUCUGGUCCUGGUUCUGGUCCUGGUUCUGGUCCUGGUUCUGGUCCUGGUCGUGGUAGGGUACGUUGCUGAAUCCAUGUACUGGCAUAUGUGCAACGGUUGGGGAAGCGAUGCUGCUAUCCUAACGGCUCCCAGCGGAUGCCAGGGCUGCCUUGAAGCUGUCGAUUGAUGUCGAGUCCACGGUGGCAUUGACCAGGUGGUUCCAAGCGAUUAGUGUGCUUGGGAAGAGAGGUUGUUUAUAUUGGACUGUGUUACACCGAGGCACAGUGAAGCAUUUUACUAUUGUUCCGGAUGUCAUUGCUUAUGGGGUUGUCAGAGGUGAAGUCAGUGUUAAGUGAGUGUUUGGCUCUGAUUAAGCGACCUGGCUUCUGUGGGGGUGAGAUACGUGUUUGAUGGGAUGUUAUUUCUUUCUUUUUCUAUGAUUCUUUCAUUCAUUACAUCUAUUUUAUUUCGUUUUCCACAAAAGACAACAUAUUUUAACUACAGUAACCAUUGUUGUAUCGUCUGUCCACCAAUAGGCAACUGUGGCUACCUGGCCCCCAACUGCCGCGCCAGGCCUGGUGAGUACAACACUGUCUUCGCCUACACGUUCGACAACAAGACCCAGGCUUGCGUGAAAGUCAGCGUCUACAACACUUGCGCCAACGGCUACGGUGCUUCCAGCAACAUUUUCCAGACCCUCCAGGCGUGCAACGUGGCUUGCGACUACAACAACAGGGGAUAUUAAGCGAAGAUCCCCCCCCCCACAUUUGAUUUCAGCAAGAUUUAUGUUAUAGCCUUCAUGUUAUCUUUUAAUCAAAAUAAUAUAAAAACAUUCAAGAGAUUUUUUCUUCAAAUGGUCUGUUCAAUAACAGCUGUGGUCAACAAAAUUAUCAAAAGAAAAAUUUAAAUUGAAACGAAAAAGAAAUAUUUCAUGUUUUUAAUUCAUUGUUUAUAUUUUAAUGUCAAUCAUGUAGAGCAGCUUAUUUUUACUGAAAACCUGAAGCUUCAAAAAUCCUGUUGUGGUUUAAAUGUAUGUUUUUUGUGCAUGGUUAGUGCUUGCUAUUUAAUAAUUUCAGAGUAUGUGAGUUAGAAUUCCCCUGUGAGUACUUUGACAUCUGAAUGCUGACAUCUUAAUUAUUGUUAAGAAAUCUCCAAAUGGUGUUUGUAAUAAAAAAAAAAUACCCAGACAACUACAUUGUCAAAUAAACGGUAACA